AUCAACGUUCAUUAUCAGCCAAACAUUUCCAUGUUCUCGCAAUUAAGAACCUCCUCUUCUUUCUUUUUUCUUUUUUUCUUCUCCAUGUUUCGUCUUUUCUUUUAUAUACCCUCCACGAUCAAGCUCUAAGUUAUUCACUACUACAUAUACCUGCCUCUUUCUUCUAGUACUCCAAGUGUCGUACACUAAACAAUUCUCAAAAAAGCUUAAAACAACACUCACUUCACUAGUUUCUUCUAAGUUUAUUUACCCUUAUUUUCUACUCUCUCCGUCCCAUAAUAUAAGUCCCCUUUCUUUUUAAAGUGUCCCAAAAUAUAAGUCUUGUUUCUAUUUUCAAUCAAUAAUUAUACCCAAAAUACCCUCAUGAAAAUAAUUUAACUCCCAAAAAGUCCUCAUAAUUUCAGCUUCCAAUGCACCAUUAUUAAUGAUAAAAUAGAAUCUCAUAACCCAUUAAACUCCUCUACACAUUAAACUAUGCAAUAUUAAUGUUAAGUUUUUAUUUUUUGUUAAAAAGAAAAAAAACAAUGUAAGUGUUUCCCAAUAAAAAUGAAUCUUUUUAUUUAAAGACAACAAGAUUCUAGUUUACCUUAAUUCCUGUGUAAAAACAGAAUCAGGACUUAUAUUAUGGGACGGAGGGAGUAUAUAAUACAAAUUUAUAUCAUACAACUUUCAUUAUGUCUACAAUUGCUCUUAUUAUGGUUACCUUUUUAUUACUUCAAACGCAUGCAUGCAAUGCAAGGCACACUUUUGAUCUCUUCUCAUAUAGCAAGUUGCAGGAUGCAGACAAAACAAAACAAUUACAUCAUGAAUAUAUCAAGGGCUUUCCAGGCGUUGAGGACACCAAAGAGACAUCUUUAGAAGACACAUCAUUUGUUACGUUGGACAAGAGCACAAGGGCAGAUAUAACGGAUGUGCAGGGUUUAAAGGGAAAUAAGCCAAGAUCAAUGCUAGAAUCAAAGUCACACGAAGAGACCAAAGAGGCUACUGAUGCAAGUGAAGGCGAACCUAUCGAAGAUGCGGUAGUCAUGGAUUAUGUUCAGCCUCAUCGCAAAUCUCCUAUUCACAACAAGCAUUAAGUCUAAAUUUCCUAAGAUUAAUUUCUAAUUAAACAAUGUACGUUUAAAUAUAUGGAAAUUUUUCUCUCUUAUAGUCUCUUUAUCAGAUAUGUAACAGGAAAUUAAAAAGGUUAUAUUAUUAAGUGGAUCCACUAGACCACAUAUAUAAGUCCUCUAUUUUUUUUGGUUUUUUGUACUUACUAGUUACUACGUAUUCUUUUUUUGUUUGUUUGUUCUUCAAAGAGCAUAUAUGAAAAAAGUACUACUCCCUCCGGGCUCCGUCCCAUAAUAUAGUGUCUAUUUCAUUUUUGGUGGGUCAAACAUUAAAAUCUUUGACCGAAUAUUCUCAUUUGUAUGUAUAAAAAACAUAUUCAUGUGGGAUCUUGUUAGAUUCGUCUCAAUUUGUAGUUUCAUAAUAUCAACUUUUAAUAUUUUUUUAUUAAUACGGAAUUGAAGAUAUUAAAGGUCAAAGUUACGUCUUGAAGGCCAUGUAAAAAAGAAACAAGCGCUAUAUUAUGGGUCGACGGAGGGAGUAUAAUAUAUUUUGUUGAAGAAUUUAUAUUAGUGGUGUUACGUUGUGAAUAAAUGAAGAGACAAAUUAAAAUUAGAUGAA